ACUCCAAAGAGUAACACAUGGUUCACGCAGGACAUUUCCCAACACUCUUCACCUCUUUCACGUGUCAUCUCCUCCUUUUGCAUGGCGUUUCUCCCUCUUUUCUUUCUCUCUCUUCCCUUCUCAUUAAACCUCUACCUAUAUUUCAUUCUCUUUUUUUUAUAUUAUUACCCACUUUUCUUACAUCUUUUUUACAAGUAUGGCAAGUAUGAGUUCUGCCUUGAGAAUUCUUGCACUUUUAGCAUGUUUCUCUCUUCAAUUGACAUGGCUUUCUCAAGCUAUAAACAGGUGGGAGUCCAACAUCCGCUUGCCUACUGAUCAUAUGAAACCACAAGAACCGGCCGAGGACGACGGUGAGGUUGGUACUACUUGGGCUCUUCUUGUUGCCGGUUCUCAAGGCUUUGGUAAUUAUAGGCACCAGGCAGAUAUUUGUCAUGCAUAUCAGAUAUUAAAAAGAGGAGGAUUAAAAGAUGAGAAUAUAGUUGUGUUUAUGUAUGAUGAUAUUGCUGAUAAUCCGCUUAAUCCUAGGAAAGGUGUUAUUAUCAAUCAUCCUAAUGCCAAGGAUGUCUAUGCUGGUGUUCCUAAGGAUUAUACUGGGGAGCAUGUCACAGCGGAGAACAUGUUUGCAGCGCUUCUUGGGAACAAGAAAGCUGUAAAAGGUGGCAGUGGAAAGGUCAUUGAUAGCAAACCGAAUGACAGGAUCUUUAUAUACUACUCUGAUCAUGGAGGUCCUGGUGUGUUGGGUAUGCCUAAUAUGCCAUUCCUUUAUGGCAAGGACUUUGUAGAGGUUUUAAAGAAAAAAUACGCAUCAAAAAGUUACAAGGAAAUGGUAAUAUACAUUGAAGCUUGCGAAAGUGGUAGUGUUUUUGAGGGCUUGAUGCCUGAAGAUCUGAACAUAUAUGUUACAACAGCUUCAAAUGCUGAAGAGAGUAGCUGGGGAACUUACUGUCCUGGUAUGGACCCUGCACCACCUCCAGAGUUCAUGACGUGCUUGGGCGAUUUAUAUAGUAUUGCCUGGAUGGAAGACAGUGAGACACACAAUUUGAAGAAAGAAACGAUUGCACAACAAGUUAAGAAGGUAAAGGACAGAACUUCAAAUUUCAACACCUACACAGCAGGUUCCCAUGUCAUGGAAUACGGAAAUAAAAGCAUUAAACCAGAGAAAGUUUAUCUAUACCAAGGCUUUGAUCCAGCAACUGCAAACCUUCCUGCUAACUCAGUGCCUCGUGAUAUUGAGUUGGGCGUUGUCAAUCAACGAGAUGCAGACAUUCUUUUCCUUUGGGAAAAGUAUGAAAGAUCAAAGGAGGAACCUGAGGAGAAGCAUAAGAUUCUUAAAGAGAUAACUGAGACUAUGAAGCACAGAAGCCACCUUGACAGCAGCAUUGAAUUGAUCGGUAAACUUUUAUUUGGACUAAACAAUGGUCCUUCGGUCCUACGUGCAAAGCCAAGCCGUGGAAUGCCUCUUGUGGAUGAUUGGGAUUGCUUGAAAUCAAUGGUUCGGGUGUUUGAGAAAGAAUGUGGGACCUUAACUCAAUACGGGAUGAAACAUAUGCGGGCCUUUGCAAACAUCUGCAACAAGGAUAUUCCGCUAUCAGUAAUGCAAGAAGCUUGUGUUGCAGCUUGCAGUGGGCACAACUCUGGCCAGUGGCAUCCAUCAUUCCAUGGUUAUAGUGCUUAACUGGCUUUUCAGUUGUUAUAUAAUGCUACAUAUUACUGUAUCAUAUGUGUGAAUGUGUUGUUAGACGGUUAGACUAGACCACAACACGGUGAUAUACUACGGUCCAGAAAGUGACUACUCUGUAGUGUGUUAUGUGGUCAAUUGCCCAGCUUACGUGCUUAAUCAGUGCAUUUGUUCAUUAAAUAUUUUGCAUAAUUGGCACUUUCAUGGGGUAUGUACUAUGCCCACUAUGGUCCCUUAGGACCCUUACCCCAAGACGUGAGGUCGAAUUCUACCUCUUGGUUUUCCCCACGUAGAUUCGAUUGGGAUGUUUUAACGAGCACGAGUUCAAUAAUGUAGGUUAUAUAUACUCAUGCUUGA